CCUGGACCUGUAGCUGGACCUGGAGUAGGAGAAAAUAUGGCGUCACUGAAAAAGAUCCUCUUCAGUACUUUAGAACGUUUGGGGAAAGUUGACUUUGAAGAAUUCAAGUGGCUCCUGCAGGAGAAGGUCCUAGGAUUUGAAGGAAUCCCAAAGAGUCGACUAGAGGAUGCAUGUCGGACACAAACUGUGGACCAUAUGUUUCUGAACUACUGCAUUAACACUAUUAAAGUGACCAGAAACGUUUUGAAGGAGAUGAAUCAGAAUCUUCUGGAGGAGAAAUUAUCAGAAAUCACAUCAGAACCGACAGAGAUUCUUACUCAGUGCCAAAGGACGCUCAAAUUAAACCUGGAGAAAAGAAUUGAGAAAAUCAUGGAAACGGGUAAUUCAAGACCUCUAAAUGAAAUCUACACGGAGAUCCACAUCACCAAGGGAGAAACUACAGCUGAUGAGCAUGAGGUCAGACAGAUUGAAACAGCAUCCAGGAAACCAGACAGACCAGAAACAAUCAUCAGACAAGAAGAACUCUUUAAAGCCUCACCUGGAAGAGAUGCACCAAUCAGAGUGAUGACAAAGGGAGUGGCUGGCAUCGGGAAAACAGUCUUAACACAGAAGUUCACUUUGGACUGGGCUGAAGGCAAAGCCAACCAGGACAUCCAGUUCACAUUUCCAUUACCUUUCAGAGAGCUGAAUAGGCUGAAGAAAAAUUACAGCUUGGUGGAACUUGUUCAUCACUUCUUCGCUGAAACCAGAGACGCAGGAAUCUGCAGGUUUGGUCAGUUCUCGGUUGUGUUCAUCUUUGACGGUCUGGAUGAGUGUCGACUUCCUCUGGACUUCCACAACAAUGAGAUCCUGACUGAUGUCACAGAGUCCACCUCAAUGGAUGUGCUGCUGACAAACCUCAUCAGGGGGAAGCUGCUUCCCUCUGCUCGCCUCUGGAUAACCACACGACCUGCAGCAGCCAAUCAGAUCCCUCCUGAGUGUGUGGACAUGGUGACAGAGGUCCGAGGGUUCACUGACCCACAGAAGGAGGAGUACUUCAGGAAGAGAUUUAGAGAUCAGGAGCAGGCCGGCACCAUCAUCUCCCACAUCAAGACUUCACGAAGCCUCCACAUCAUGUGCCACAUCCCAGUCUUCUGCUGGAUCUCUGCUUCAGUUCUGGAGGACAUGUUGAAAACCAGAGAGGGAGGAGAGCUGCCCAAGACCCUGACUGAGAUGUACAUCCACUUCCUGGUGAUUCUAUCCAAAGUGAGGAACGUCAAGUAUCAUGGAAAAACUGAGGGACAUCCACACUGGAGUCCAGAGAGCAGGAAGAUGAUGGAGGCUCUGGGAAAACUGGCUUUUGAGCAGCUGCAGAAAGGCAACCUGAUCUUCUAUGAUCACGACCUGACAGACUGUGGCAUUGAUAUCACAGAAGCAUCAGUGUACUCAGGAGUGUUCACACAGGUCUUUAGAGAGGAGAGAGGACUGUACAAGGACACAGUGUUCUGCUUCGUCCAUCUGAGCGUUCAGGAGUUUCUGGCUGCUCUUCAUGUCCAUCUGACCUUCAUCAACUCUGGAGUCAACCUGCUGUCAGAAGAACCAACAACCUCCCAGCAGUCUGAAGUGUUCAGACCCAAACCUACACGAAUAACCUCCUUGCUGCUUAAAAUCCUCAAACCUAAACGUACACUAACCUCCCAGCAUUCUGAAGUCAAACCUACACUAACACAUCUCUACCAGAGUGCUGUGGACAAGGCGUUACAGAGUCCAAACGGACACCUGGACUUGUUCCUUCGCUUCCUCCUGGGUCUUUCACUGCAGACCAAUCAGAAACUCCUACAUGGCCUGCUGACAGAAACAGGAAGUGGCUCACAGAUCAAUCAGAAAACAGUUGAGUACAUCAAGAAGAAGAUAAAUGAAGAUCUGUCCCCGGAGAGAAGCAUCAACCUGUUCCACUGUCUGAAUGAACUGAAUGAUAGUUCUCUAGAGGAGCAGAUCCAACAGUACCUGAGUUCAGGAAGUCUCUCCACAGAUAAACUGUCUCCUGCUCAGUGGUCAGCUCUGGUCUUCAUCUUACUGUCAUCAGGAAAAGAUCUGGACGUCUUUGACCUGAAGAAAUACUCUGCUUCAGAGGAGGCUCUUCAGAGGCUGCUGCCAGUGGUCAAAGCCUCCAGGAAAGCUCUACUGAGUGGCUGUAACCUGUCAGAGAGAAGCUGUGAAGCUCUGUCCUCAGUCCUCAGCUCCCAGUCCUCUAGUCUGAGAGAGCUGGACCUGAGUAACAACGACCUGCAGGAUUCAGGAGUGAAGCGGCUGUCUGCUGGACUGGAGAGUCCUCACUGUGAACUGGAGACUCUCAGUCUCUCAGGCUGUAUGGUCACAGAGGAAGGCUGUGUUUCUCUGGCUUCAGCUCUGAGCUCCAACACCUCCCAUCUGAGAGAGCUGGACCUGAGUAACAACGACAUGCAGGAUUCAGGAGUGAAGCGGCUGUGUGCUGGACUGAAGAGUCCUCACUGUGAACUGGAGACUCUCAGUCUCUCAGGCUGUAUGGUCACAGAGGAAGGCUGUGUUUCUCUGGCUUCAGCUCUGAGCUCCAACACCUCCCAUCUGAGAGAACUGGACCUGAGCUACAAUCAUCCAGGAGACUCAGGAGAGAAGCUGCUGUCUGCUGGACGUGAGGAUCCACUCUGGAGACUGGAGACACUCAGGCUGGACCAUGGUGGAGAGCAGAGGUUAAAACCAGGUGUGAGGAAGUAUUCCUGUGGACUCACCCUGGACUCAAACACAGUGAGCAGAUACCUCAAACUGUCUGAGGACAACAGGAAGGUGACAGGUGUGAUAGAGAAGCAGCCAUAUCCUGAUCAUCCAGAGAGGUUUGAGUACUAUCCUCAGCUGAUGUGCAGAGAAGCUCUGACUGGUCGCUGUUACUGGGAGGUCAAGAGGAGAGGAGGGGUUCAUAUAGCAGUGACUUACAGAGGAAUCAGCAGGAGAGGAGGCGGAGGGGACUGUGUGUUUGGAUGGAAUGAUCAGUCCUGGAGUCUGAGAUGCUCUCAUAGAGGUUACUCUGUCAUGCACAAUAUGAGAGUAACAAGCAUCUCCUCCUCCUCAUCCUCCUCCUCCUCCUCCUUCUCCUCCUCCUCCUCCUCCUCCUCUCGUAGAGUAGCAGUGUAUCUGGAUCAUCCUGCUGGCUCUCUCUCCUUCUACAGAGUCUCCUCUGACACACUGACCCACCUCCACACCAUCAGAACCACAUUCACUGAACCUCUCUACGCUGGGUUUGGGUUAGUGUUAGAUGACUCCUCAGCGUCUCUGUGUCCUCUGUAGGAGGAGAUCACUUCCUGUCCUGGGUUUAAGGGUUGCUGUUUUAAAUCUGGCUCACUGAUUGUGUCUUUACUGUCAGAAGUGUUUUUAUCAGAGAGUGGGUACUUGUAAAGACCUAUGUAGCAAAGUACGCACUUCCUCUUUCGAGGAGAUGAACAUCUGUUAUGCACUUCCUUGCGGGAAGUGAACAUUUAACCAUAAAGCAACAAAGAAGGACACCUGAUGUGACAAACCACGUGAACAAAGAGGAUAUAAGGAGACUGAAGAACAUUUGAAAUCAGUUCCUCUUGAACUCAGUUCUUCUUGCAGAAGACUGAAGAACCCCCGAUACUAACUAGUAGUGGGGCAAACCUAGACGGAGCAGAUAUCAUCUAUAUCUGAGCUAAACGCAGUUCAUUAUAGUGUGUGGUGUUAUAACUUGUGAAACUUUAAAUAAAACGACCUGUUCACACUUGUGAGAGGAAACUAAA